GUCAUGUCAACAAAGUGGUUUAAAUCGAUAAAAACGGGAAAAAAAUAAUAAUUUGGUUAUGAAAUAAUAAAAAGUGCAUGUUACUUAAUUGAUUUUAUCGCAAUGCGGCAAGUUUUUAAGAAAAAAGUCUUAUACGCUGGUGUGGUGGUAAUAGUUUUGAUUAUAUUUCUGCAUCCAGAUAUGUGUGGUCAUCGGACGUACGAAUAUAUAAAAAAGGAUGAUAUAUUAGAUAAUUUGAAUUACGGGACAGCUGAAAAUUUUAGUAGUAAUGCGUUAAGUGACUGCGAGUACCGUGAUGUUGUGUAUGACGAGAGUACGUUGUCGCCGGGUAUUAAGGAUGGGGAUUUGGUUGAGGGUCAUAGGAUCAAGGAAGGAGGAGAAUACGCGCCGCUAGAGUGCAAACCUAAGUUCAGUACAGCGAUAGUGAUACCUUAUAGAGACAGAGCUGAACAGCUGCGAGGAUUCCUCAUCUACAUGCACAUGUUCCUGAGACGUCAGCUGAUCCACUACCGCAUCUUUGUGGUAGAACAGGUGGACUCUCGGCCCUUCAACAGAGCAAAGCUGAUGAACGUAGGCGCGGUGAUCGCCGCCCGCGCUGGCUUCCCCUGUCUCGUUUUACAUGAUGUCGACUUAUUACCGCUACGGCCUGCCAAUAUUUAUGCGUGCACGAAAAACCCCAGGCAUCUGUCCUCGAGUAUUGACAAGUUUAGAUUCGUCCUACCAUACCUGGACCUUUUCGGCGGCGCCAUAGCGAUAACAACCAAACAGUACUUGGACAUUAACGGCAUGAGCAACGAGUACUACGGCUGGGGCGGCGAGGACGACGACCUGUACAUACGUCUGGAGGCGCACGGGUUGAAACUGUGCCGGUUCGAACCCGGGACCAGUCGGUACCACAUGCUGACGCACCGCCACGAGCCACGGACUAAUACGCAGAAGGUAACCAAUUUAUUGAAAAACGCAAAAGACAGACUAAAAGGGGACGGGCUGAACUCCCUGCAGUACACAGAAGUGGCAACAGUACUCCACCCUCUAUUUACUCAUAUCAUGGUUGAUCUUUAGCAUAUCUCUUACAAAUAGU